CGUCGUCCAUGUGUGUAAGCGUUGUAUUGAAAAUUGAAAGCGGUAUAAAAACAAGCGGCGGGAUUUUGUGCUGUAAAUAAUGUUUAUCUCGCGAUCCGAGAGGCUUCAGCGAAGUAUGUAAGAAUAAUACAAGAGGAAAGGGUUUGAACAGCAUGACGGACAUUCAUUCGAGUACAAAAACUCCUCUCCUAUUCCUGACGUUCCUCCAGCAAAGUCCUGAUCUGAGCAGUGAGCUUCAGAGGGAGCUAGAGGAUUUGCAGUGUGAUGUGAAUCUCAGGAGGAAUCCAGCUCAGAGAGGAUUAAAUGACCAUAUAGUUUAUUCCCAGGACCAUGUCUUUGACUGUGACAUUGAAUGUGAUGGUGAGCUGCAAACAGACGGACACCCGUUUCACAGAUGUCUGCUAAACGACGUUCCUCAAGAUGAUCUUGUAUUAGCAGUGCCUGAUGAAGACCAUGUGGUGAUGGAGUUGGCUGCUGAGCUCAUUAGAAUGGCAGAUGAGUUUAAUCGGAUGAUGGUUUCUGAGGCAGCUGAGCGUCUGACCAAGAAACUCAACAAGUCUUCACCAGAGGGCUGGUGGAGCUUCUUGGAUCAGGGGGUUAAAGGCUUACUCAGGCAAGUGCCCGGCUCAGACACUGACCGAGUAGUGAUGGCGCUCACCUUCUCCUUGAUGAAGGCAGUGUGUGAACACACUCCGAGUCUGCUGCGUGACCUUUAUAACACCAUCACGCAAUACAAUUUCAGGAAUAGUCAUCGGUGAAGUGCUUUGUUUAUACCCAAAUGCAACCUACAUUCUCAGGUUACUAUUUUGUUUUGUUAUAUUUUCCAUAAUAGUCAAUGUUUACUUGUUAGUAGAACAAUACACGUGAUCUGUUUGUUUGUUAGUGUGAUAAUCCUUGAGUGUUUGAAUUCAUUUGUUGUCUAAUAAACAAAAACGAAUGAAUUGUGACUUUAUUGCCUUUUUUUCCUAUGAUUUAACAUCUCCCACUAAAGGUAUUGUAAAUUAAAUUGCAUAUCCCAAUGAUGGCUGUGACAGAUGGCUAAAUAAAAUAGAAUAUUCCA